AUGCCGGUGGCCGAGUGCGACGCGUCGUCCGGCGGCGAGGCCGACGAGGGCGCCCCGCUGCCGGUCACGUUGUGCAGUAGCCCCGCCGCCGACAUCCUCAAGAACUUCUACCACACCAAGAGGGUCGGCAACUACCUGAUCGGCAGGAAGCUUGGCGAGGGGUCCUUCGCCAAAGUCAGGGAGGGGCUGCACGCCCUCACCGGGGAAAAGGUGGCGGUGAAAGUGAUUGACAAGCGCAAGGCCAAGAAAGACUCGUAUGUGACAAAGAACCUGCGUCGCGAGGGCCACAUCCAGCAGAUGAUUCGCCACCCCAAUAUCACGCAGCUGUUGGACAUCCUGGAGACUGAGAACAGCUACUACCUGGUAAUGGAGCUCUGCCCUGGUGGCAAUCUCAUGAACCGGAUCUACGACAGCAAGCGGCUGGACGAGCGGCAGACACAGAAGUACAUCCGGCAGCUGGUGCUGGCCGUUGAGCACCUGCACCGGGCCGGCGUCGUACACAGAGACCUGAAGAUCGAAAAUCUACUGUUGGAUGAGCAGGACAACAUCAAGCUCAUCGAUUUCGGGCUAAGCAAUUGCGCUGGCAUCCUGGGCUACUCGGACCCCUUCAGUACCCAGUGUGGGAGUCCUGCUUACGCCGCCCCAGAGCUGCUCUCCAGGAAGAAAUACGGACCCAAAGUGGACGUCUGGUCUAUAGGCGUCAACAUGUAUGCCAUGCUAACGGGGACGUUGCCGUUCACCGUGGAGCCUUUCAGUCUGCGGGCGCUGCACCAGAAGAUGGUGGACAAGGAGAUGAACCCGCUGCCGCCCUCGCUCUCCACAGCUGCCAUCUGCCUGCUGAAGAAGCUCCUGGAACCUGACCCAAACAAACGGCCCAACAUCCACCAGGUGAUGGCCGACUCGUGGCUGCAGCUGGCAAACCGCAACACAGGGGCACCCUACCUCAACAGGAUCCAUAUCGAGGAGAUCAACCACACGGUCCUGUUGCACAUGACUGAGAAGAUGGCCUACAAGCACAGCGAGGUCCUCAGUGCUGUCCUCACGAACCGCGCUUGCCACACCCUGGCAGUCUACUUCCUGCUCAACAAGAAGAUGAAGCGGCUCUCCAAAGAGUACAGAGAAAUGCAGUUCCAGGAGAAGAAAAAGAAGGGAGAGAAACCCAAGAACGAGUACUUCCAGACGCAAUGGCGCAAACACGUGGACAAGUUGACCAUUCCGCCCAAGCAGACGCCAGUGUACUUGGCAGUCAGCAAAGGGCCCAGCAAGGAGAAGAAACAUCGCACAGGUCUGUUGCGUGCUCUGACCGGCGGACACCGUAACUCGCCGCUCGCACCGCCUGGCACGGUGGCAUCAUCGUCCAUGGAGUACCUGGAGAUCCAGCCCCUCUUCUCGUCCCACACGCCGCGACGGCGGCUGGCCACCAUGCCACCGGUCAACAACAGCAGCCCCGAGCACAGUGUACCGGCCCCACCCGCUCCGUCGCCCAUCGGCAUGCACUCUUUCGGCUCGCUGUCCAAAGCCGAGCGGGUGGACGAGGCGCCCCCUGCGCCCUGGUACAAGCUGACCAACGGGACGCUGUCGCCCCCCCGCCACGUGUCCGCCUUCCAGCCCGACUCGUCCUACCUGAAGAAGGCCACCGUCCCCAGCCCGCCCGUGCUCAUUGUGCCCCCCCGGCCCAAGAAGAGCGCCUCCGCCGACUGGGGCGGCGGCUUCUCCUCCGACACCAGCGGCAGCCCACCCAGCACGGUGGGCAGUCCCCCGGGCAGCUCGGCCUUUAGCCCGCCCAAGUCGGCCUUCAGCCCGCUCAACCCGCUGUCCGCCUUCAGUCCGCCAUCUAACCUCAGCGGCGGCAGCGACCCCGACAGCCCCACGCAGCGCACCAAGUUCCCCCGCGCCGACAAGAAAAUCCGGCUACAGCCCUUCAGCUUCCGGCCCGAGCAGGUGCUGGAGGAGGUGGUGUCCCCACCGCCGUAUCCCAUGCAGACUCUGUUGUGCGCAUCAGGGGCCCUCAAGACUCUCUGCUGA